UAAAUGGGUAAAAAAUCCCAAACGUCAUGGGGGACUAAGGGCCUUUGUAUCGAAUCAUCUCUCGCCAAUGGCAAAUCACAUUUCAUGGUACUUUCGUGUUUAUCAUCAAUCAAGAUGAACGUUUGAAGAAACCCCAAAUCCCCAAUUGAAGCAAGCAACCGCGUAUGGUUUAACAUAAAUUCGUCUUCAAAUUCCCUUUUGCUUUCUCUGUUGCAUCUCUCUUAUUCUUCCUUUUCCAUUUUUUUUUUCAUCUUGAAUCCACCCAGAAUCUGACCACCGUUUCAUCUCAAAAAAAGUUCCCAGAUUCGAAUACCCUUUUGAUUCUUCGCUCUUUCUGAUCCUAAAUUUAUUGCCCAUUUCUUGUUUCUUUUUGGCCAUCAAUGGCGUCCUUCUUUAAUAGAUUCACUUCCUAUUCCAAUUCCAGCUCCAAUUCCAAUUCCAAUUCCCAUGCCCCCUCUGCACCGUCCCCUCCAUCGGCGCCGGAAACACAAGGCCAGGAACAUUCUCAUGCGACCGCUUCGCCGUAUCACUCCGAACAGAAUCAGCCGCAGCCUUAUGGUUUCAAUUACGGUGGGGUUUCUUCUUAUGGGUCUUAUGGUUUUCCUCCGGGGACCAGCCCUGAGGUAAUUAGGAGCUUUCAAAUGGUGGAUAGAGAUAGAAGUGGAUUCAUUGAUGAGAAUGAAUUGCAGCAAGCCCUUUCUUCUGGUUACCAAAGGUUUAGUCUUAGAACCGUUCGUUUGCUCAUCUUCUUAUUUAGAAAUCCAAUUGAUUCCUCCAGAAUGGGGCCUAAUGAAUUUACUGCUUUGUGGAACUGUCUUGGCCAAUGGCGUGGCAUGUUUGAGAGAUAUGAUAGAGAUAGAAGUGGAAGAAUUGAUGCAUUGGAAAUGAGGGAUGCACUUUAUGGUCUUGGCUAUGCAGUUCCAUCCUCAGUCCUUCAACUUCUAAUUUCUCUAUACGAUGAUCGAAGUGGCCAACAAGUGGAAUUUAAUUUUGACAGUUUUGUCGAAUGUGGCAUGAUAGUUAAGGGAUUGACUGAGAAAUUCAAGGAGAAGGAUAGGAACUACACGGGUUCAGCGACCCUUACGUAUGAAGAUUUCAUGUCAACAAUCCUCCCAUUUCUUGUGUCGUACAGUUAAAACCCUCAACGAUGAUCGAUAUCUCUACAAUUCUUGGAUUCUGUGUAAUAUCAUCUCCUCAUUUGUUGUUUACAUGAAAAUGGUAGAAGCUGUACAUUCAAGGUAAGCUGCUGCUUUAGACGGAAAGGUUUAUAUUGGCAUGAGAGAGUUUCCAUGUACAAAGAUUUAUUUGUUAUUUUGUUUCUCCACGUUUUGAUUCUGCAAGAUAGAAUUCUUCGUUUGUUGGUUUUUUAGAUUGUUUGCGACUGAGUUUAAUCAAGUUUUGGAACUUGUACUUGAAAGUGAAGGAAUAAACCGGCCAUGGCUUAUUAUGAGGAAGUUCAUGUUUUGUUUAA